AAUAGUAAUAUAUUCAGGGGGUUUUGUGCAUAAUGUCGAAUUACCUGCAUCUUGUCCGUUGGUUCUUCCAUCCAACGGCUGGUGUCCGCUCCGAGCUCCCGACCACCGGAGUCGCUUCACUAUCAGAGCGGCGGCGGCGGCGGCGAGCCCUCUUCUUCCCGGCAACCGCGGCGGCGGAGACGAGCGCGACGCGGCGAUUCCCCCCAAUUGCUCCUCCCGCUUCCGCUCCAUCUGGACGGGCUCGUACUACCGAUGCGCCGUUGAUUUCUGCAGGGCGCAGCACUUGAGGUUGUUUAGAUCGGCCUGCGGCGCGAGCUCGGGAGCUGUAUACAUGGAGAAAGCGAGGUUGAGAGCUUUCCAGAGGGAGCAAGCCACGGCCAAGACAUGUAUGGUCUCCAGCUUUGCGACGGAUUUUCUCGAGAUAAGGGCCAAAGAGCCGUCUGUUCAUGUUCUGGUUAUUCCCGGAAAUCCAGGUAUCGUUGCAUUCUACAAGGACUUUGUUGAAGAGCUCUAUGAGAACCUCGGUGGGCAAGCAUCUAUUACAGGUAAGUGUGGUGUAAUCUAUGCAUUUUUUGUAUGGACUAUCUAUGUGGCUUGCUGCUUGCUGAUAAAUUUUCACUAUGCAGCGAUUGGGCAUAUUUCACAUAGCAAAAAGGAUGCAGAGCGUGGACGAUUGUUUUCGUUGCAUGAACAAAUUGAUCACAAGGUCGAUUUCAUUGAGCAAGAAUUUCAACAUUCGGAACAAUCAUUAGUUCUGGUUGGUCAUUCAAUUGGUGCCUACAUAUGCCUGGAAAUCUUCAAAAGACUUCAGAAGAAGGUGAAACUUUGUGUAGGACUCUAUCCAUUUUUAACACUCAACAAGAAGUCCAUGAAGCAAUCAGCUAUUGGAUAUAUUGCAAGGUCAUCUCUCCUAAGUAAAGGGGUUAGCUCAUUUGUUUCUUUUAUCGGAUCACUCCAAGCUUCAGUAACUAGGGGCAUCAUGAGAAGGUUACUUGGACCUUCAUGGUCUGUAACGGCUGUCGAAGCUACAUGCGGCCAUCUCUUAUGGUACCAUACGAUGCGUAAUGUUCUCUUCAUGGCAAUGACAGAGUUCACGAAGCUCUCUGAAGAACCGGACUGGAAUUUCAUCAGUGCAAAACAGGACCAGAUUGCAUUUCUGUUUGAUGUGGACGAUCACUGGGGUCCGCUUGCACACUUGGAAGAGAUCUCAAAGCGUGCUCCUGGGGUUGCCUUGUCUGUCGAAACUGAAGGCCAUACACACGGCUAUUGCUGCACGGAAGCUGGAUCGUUUUGGGCUGCAGACUACGUGGCUAAUUUGAUUAAAACUAAAUUCUGAUUGGAAAUUCAAGAUGAAAAUUGUACCGUAGUCAGACUCAGUAUUUUUAUCCUCCAAAGGGAGAUAGUAAGAAUAAUGAAAUAAACCGGUUGGAUCAACCUCAUCAAUCACAAAUUCACAAU